CUACGCUCCCUCAGACCCGCCGCGUGCGGGCAACGUCAUCAGCUCGCCGCCCGUCGCCCCUAAGCGCGUCACCGCCCUCCGCCGAGGCGGGGAGGGUUACCCGAGGGUACGCGCAUGUUCCGUGAGGCCCUGUCGCGGUGCAUGCUGGGGGUUGGAGUUUCAGGGCCGGGUCGGUACCUGGGAGAGCGGCGCCAGCUCCAUCCCCCGAGCCUGUGGCGCGGGCCCCGUUCUGCCGCUGUGUGUCUCGGCGGAGCCGGCGGAGUGGGCCGCGGGGCCGGCGGGGGAUGCUCCUUCCCGGGUCCCGGCGGGACUGUGCGCGGCGGCCCGGAGUGGCGGGCGGCGGCGGCGGCGGUUGGUGAAGGGCAGUUGCAGUAAUGGACUGACUGGUAAAGAUGGAGAGAGGGAGAGGAGGAGGAGGAAGAGGAAGGAGUGGGGGGGGCUCUGGCCUGCACAGAAGCAUUUACUCCCAGUCUCAACAACAGUAUCAGUAUCCUGCCUCUUCUCAAGGGGGCUGCAUGGAGAUCCAGGAGCUAGCCUCCAAAAGGGUGGACAUCCAGAAAAAGCGAUUUUAUCUGGAUGUGAAGCAAAGUUCCCGAGGCCGCUUCCUGAAGAUAGCCGAGGUCUGGAUAGGAAGAGGCAGGCAGGAAAAUAUCAGGAAAAGCAAACUGACUCUCUCCUUGUCUGUGGCUGCUGAGCUGAAGGAUUAUCUGGGAGAUUUCAUAGAGCACUAUGCCCAUUUGGGCCUCAAAGGCAGCCAUAGUUAUAGACAUGAACACAGUAAUGGCAAAGAGCAAGAUUUGAGAAGGCGGCAACAGCAUCAUCUGCCUUCACCUCCAGCAUCUGUUGAAUCAGAAGAGCAUCCUCACAGUGUCCUGAAAACUGAGUAUAUAGAAAGAGACAACAGGAAGUACUAUCUAGACCUGAAGGAGAAUCAACGUGGGCGUUUCUUAAGAAUUAGACAAACCAUGAUUAGAGGACCGGGUAUGAUAGGUUAUUUUGGCCACAAUUUGGGACAGGAACAGACUAUUGUCCUUCCAGCCCAAGGAAUGAUUGAAUUCAGGGAUGCUUUGGUCCAGCUAAUUGAAGAAUAUGGGGAGGGAGAUAUAGAAGAACGAAGAGGUGGGGGUGAUGAGCCUCUCGAACUCCCAGAAGGGACUUCCUUCAGGGUGGACAACAAGCGGUUCUACUUUGAUGUGGGAUCUAACAGGUAUGGCAUUUUUUUGAAGGUAAGUGAGGUGAGACCACCUUACCGUAACACCAUCACUGUCCCGUACAAAGCGUGGACAAGGUUUGGGGAAAACUUUAUCAAGUACGAAGAAGAAAUGAGGAGAAUUUACAACAGCCAUAAAGAGAAAAGAAUGGAUCUCACAGGUGACAGUGGUGAAGAGCAAGAGGGUCUGGAAUAGAGCGCAUUUGAACUGGUCAUCAGGCAAAACAGAAAAACCUAAAUUGGCUAGAGGUAAUUUGAAUAUUUUGUAGUUUGAAGAAGUUGCCCCUCAUUUUUUGUAAGUCCUUUUCUUGUUGUUAGUAAUAACUCAAGUAUAUAAUACUUCUGAAGUCUGGUUAUGUUAAAUGACACCCAACACAUCUCUCUAAUUCUUAGGGGAAAACUAGCCUCCCAAAUCUAAAUGAAUCGGCUGUUCCAAGUGUUGAAGACUAUGAAAGUAUGUGUAUCAGCACAAAAAUCUGACAUUCUGACUUUUAAAUAGUCUAGGUAAGGCUUGUGUUGCACUCAAACAUGAUACAAAAAAGCCAGACGUACCUUAUGAUGAAAAGUAUUGGUUUCUGCUUAUGACAGGUUUUCCAGAAUUGAAUAUUGUCCAUGCUGAGUUAAAAUCUGAAAAGCGUAACUACAGGUCAUUUACCACAAAAAUUGAUUUUGUAUGCAUUUUAUCUACUUGUAUGAGGAAAGGUAUAAAUUUUAAAUCAGUGUUCACUAGUUACUGAAUUUUAAACAAUGUUCUUUAUGGGUAAAAUCUCGAUAGCAGGUCAAGCCUUUAUAAAGGAUUGUCAAAGAGUGGAAUAUUAAUUUAUUAUCUUAAUAAUUCUGUGGUAACCAAAUAAUUUGAGUGCCACAGAAAAGCAAAGCUGUGUUUGAAUUGUGAUGGGUUAUCCCAAAUUAAUGAAAAUAAUCCAUUCUUCUUCUACAUAUUACAUCAUGUAAGGUUGAGGAUUUUUUAAUGUGUUCUCAAAAUUUCAAAAACUAUUUUUAUAUUGUUGGUGGUUUAGGGGGCUCUAGCAAGGAGCUGGGAAGUGGGCAUUUUGAUGGCUGAAUGAUUGUUGCAAGUGGGUUUCCAGGGUUUUCUUCCAAUUGUAUGAGUAACAUACCUGGUAUGAUGUUAAAAGUAUGAGGAUAACUUCUGGUUUUGUCCUUCUACUUUGAGGGAAAACCUUUGAGAGAUUUUGGUGCACCACUUAAUUGGUGUAAAAAUGCUUCUCUAAUUUCAUACUUAUUGAUAGUGCAUUUACAAUGCUAUGGCUAAAGCUCUGUCAGCAUUUCCAGUAAAAAUUAUUAUUUUUAUAAAUUUUAGUAUUCCAAGAUAAUAUCUGUGCCCCCACCUCCAUCACUCCUUCCCCACCAUGUUAAAACUGGGGCCAUAAUCCUGCAAUUUGAUUCAUGUGGGCAGACUGUUAGGCCUGCAUGAAGUCCCCUUGAAGACUAUGGAGCUACAACUUCCCCCAGAUUCCUGCCUUGAAAUCCAAAUACUCUGCCUGGAGGGGAAAUGUGUAGCAUUAUCUGUUCAGGAGGAUUGAGUUAGAAAGGGGACAUAGAAUAUUCCAAAUGCUUUUGGAUCUCAAAGCAAAAAACGAUUUAUUUUUAUGAAGAAAUUUGUCAGCAUUUAUGGGCCAGUUCAUCUCUUACUGAAAUCAAUGAGAGUUGGAUUGGGCUAUGAAUCCCUUGCUUAGAGACUCCAUUUUGCCUACCUUUUUAUGUGUUUUUUUUUUUAAGUGCUACUGUAUACAUACAGAAAUUUAUCACCACCCAAAUCAUGUUUUUUAAUCAAGUAGUUGAGUGUGCAUGAGGGCCAGCUAUCUUUUAAUCCAAACAGUAAAUUUUAAUCUGUUUAAACAUACUUAUCUGCAACCAAAAUUGUCCCCAGUCUUAAUUUUAAUCUGCCUGCACGCUUAAAGGCCACACUAAAUUCAAACACCUUAUCAUGUCUCUGAUCUGAUACCCCAUUAGUAAUAUCAAGAAGGACUGUAUGUGGGGAUUAAGUGAAUAAUCUGGCCUUUAGUUUGGGUGCUAAAAAUGAUGAAAUUACAAAAAAGCUUGCACCAAAGUCACUAAAGAACUAUUAGGAACAUGUUACACCUGUGACAGAAAAGAACAGAUGUAAAGAAGUUAAUUUCACUGUUUUAGGUGAUUCCCUUAGAGUUAACAACCAGUUCGCCUAGUGUCAAAAAAUACCAUAAACUAAUCACUAAUGUAUUGAUUGCUGUUUCAGAUAUUUUCUAAUCCAAAGCAAAAUUUUCUGUUGUUGGGUUCAUAGCAGAAUAUUCGUGAGUGAAUCAUUAAUCCCUAAAUUACCAUCUCACUGAUUGCUGCUGUCCAUCACAGUGCCUAAAGUAAUGAUGAACUUGUCAAAGCUUCCAGCAAUCUGGAGCUAUGAAUGUAAGAACUUUUUAUGCUCACAUCUCCCCUUGCGCCCCAUCUUCACAUGCAUAUUUCCCUCUACACUCAGCAUCUUCCAGUCUAAAAUAAUGUUUGCACCACUCGAUAUUAAAAGCUCAUUUGUUGGAAUUAUUCCUACGUAAUAUGUGCAAUGCAGAUAAUCUUGCAUUCCAUGUGUUCCUUCGCUCUUAAUGGAAAAAAAUAUUUUAAUUGUGCAAGUAAUUAGUAAUUUCCUUCACAGGUUUAAAAAACAAACAGGUGCAAAGUGGCAUUGUUAUUGCUAUCAAGUUGCCAUUUUGGAGAAUUAGAGCCAGACUAUGUCUUAGCUAUUGAAAGUGCUCCGGUGAAGAUGUAGACCGGUAUUAGUUUGCAUCACUGCUUCUUAAUUAGAUUUCCUGUAUUUAUUAAUUGGCCCUUCAGAAAUGCAUUGAUGUAUUGUAACUAUUACCCCAGGAAGUCAGUAUCUGCUGGCUGUUGAACAAGCUCAAUUCUCAGCUCUGAUACACAGGUAAGUGUUACCUUGUAUUUUGUAAAAUCAGCUAAUGCACUUACUCUCACAUGGUGAUACGCACCUGAGUAUCCGGGACUACACUUGAGCCAGCCAUCUAUAAUAAAAGCACUGACUACUGGUUUUCCAUAGAAAUGUAAAGCACUGAUGUUUGCAAAUAUUAUGAUCCAAGCAUAACAUUAACAAACACAAAAUGUAGCAAUGCAAACUUAAAAUGGUUACAUUUGGAAACGGGUUCCUCAUUAUUUUUGGCAAUGUGUUCCCAGCUUUUGAGAGCAGCAGUAUUAUGCUGCUUAUAUGCAGAAAGGCCCAUUAGAACACAAAGGAAUAUUGAAUUCCCAGUGCAUUCUAAAUAGAUUGUCAUUCUUUAAGCCCUAAAACUGCCUGACCCUUAAACUUGACAAAAACACAAGCUUGUUUGCACUAAAGAGCAUGGCCAAAAACAAUUCUAAGAGGACAGGGUGAAAAGCAUAAGUCUGAAUCUCUUGAAUUAAUAGGUUCUCAUGAGAGAAUUUUACAUUAAAACCCUCACCUCUGUUUUAAAGCUGUGGUCCAGGCAGAAAGUCUGUCAGUUCUAUAAUUAAAUAAUAAUGCACUUUAUAUUUUGUAAAUAAUAGAAGCACAUUUCUGCUAUUAGUUUUGUAGGAUGUGCUUCAGUAAUAGAUAGCCUAAAUCUGUAAGGGGUGGUCUCCUGCAUGCACGUCUGUCUGAGCUCUGUUGAAAUCACUUGAUCCAGUUACAUUGGUAUAGUAGAGAAGGCAGGCACUAUUAAAAAUCCUUUCAAAACCACAAGUCUGAUUUUCCUCUCUCCCCACCCCCCGAGGUAGCACCCACAAAUCCCAUUAAUUUUAUUUGGAGUUGUGGGUGCUCAGCAUCUCAGAAAAAUCAGCCUCCAAACAUUUUGUAAUGAACGUAUAGAUAUGUUUUGUACUCGUAAUCUUUAUAGAGCUGGGUUCAGUAACUCCAUCUCACUUAGCUUUCUGUGACACUUUGCUGUCAUAGAAGCCCUCAUAAUCCCAGAAAUGUUGAUUUGGAGUAGUGAGGGAGAUUGGGUGGGUUUCUGUGGUAUUGAAACUAGCCAAUUUGUAUUGAAUCCAGCCAUAGCAUAUAAACUUUCUUUCUUGUUAAAGUACAAAUUUUAUAGUAUGUUGUUGGUUGUAAUAGUGCUAUGAGAGAGUUGGAAAGUUACCUGCACUAGAAUGGUAAGGUUCACCACCAUGCCACUGUGUAGGACAUCUCACCAACUGUGACCAAGUAGACUGCUAUGUUCUCUGAAUUUCAUGAAAUUUGACAAAAAAAAUUCUUGAUUAGGGACUUUCAGAAGUAGCAACAUUUACUCCUGCAUCUAAGAGAGUGGGGAAUCUAUUUUAAUGCAACAAAACUUUAAAAUUGCAUCUCAAAUGCAAAUACAUGUUUAAUACAAAUAUCAGUGAUAUGUGUGUACUUUAUCCAGAAAGAAACUUUGCUUCAAUGUAUUAGCAAUCUACUCUUUAUCAUAAGUGCUUCAUAUGUGUAUUUAAUAUGUAUAAAUCCAAUGUGUAUAUUGUAAAUCCACAGUAGCUCAAAGUGAAAUAAUAUAUUUAUCUGAAGUGCACAGUUUAAAGAUGGGACUUACAAAUCAGUUUCUGCCUGGAACACAGUUUGGUUAAAUGUGUUAUUUCACUGAGAGCUGUUACAUAUAUUAUUUAUUGCAUCCCUUUUAAGAUUUCUGCAUUUAAAUGUUUUGAUGUGUUAUUUAUUUAGAGUUUGGUGGAGAAGGGAUGGUAUAUGGCUCUCAGUAGAGCUGAAGGAAAAAUAGGAGGAAAAAAAAAACUUAUUUCAAGGUGUCUCAUGUGAAAUAAGUAGUCUUAGGCUUUACUGGCAGCUUUGUAUGCAGGUUUACUGUUAGCUGCCAUAGUAUUUCAAAUCUGUCUUUAAAUCCCCAAAUGCUCCAAAUCUUUAGGUAGGAUAAAUGUAAAAUCCCAAAUACACUGCUAGAAGAGUUUAAAACUGGUUUGUUUGUGUAAAGCUCAAACAAAAUUACCAAAAACUAUUUUAAUAUACUUUUUCUGCUAAAUGUAUUUUAGUCAAAUGGCUGCAUCCUUUUUCUUCAGUGGCCUAUUAAAAUUAUUUAAACUCUAUGGGGAGGAGAAUUAGGAGAACUGUUGCUUGCUUGACCGACAACCCUUUUAACCAAAAUUGUAGUAAUUUUGUGCAGUGGAAAUGCAUUUAUUUUGUUGUUUGGUUUUACUGUACAGGGUUUUCACAUUAUGGAAAAAGAGUUAGUAAGCAGGCUAUAGUCCCAUUGCAACCGUACAUAUAUAUGUUUACUGUAAAUACAAUAUAUACGAAAUCUACAAAAUAAGUCCUAAAAAAACUAUACAUCUUGCAUUUUAUUUUCUAUGCUAUUUCCUCUAAGGUGAAAAUAUCUUAAUCCUUCUGUGUCAUGGCUUUUAAAAAUCACUUUGUCUUUCCUAUAUGAUUUUUAAUAAUUCAGAUUUGGAACAUUUUCUUUAGUUAUAUGAAUGAAAAAGUACACUACAUUUAAAAUGCCAGCCACAAACAACUUGAGGUAUUUUCUUAUACGUACAUGCUGUCAACAGAAAUCCUAGAAUGAAUUACAGCAAAGUACUUAUGGAUCAAGUAUAUGUGUGCAUGUAUUUGUAAUAGUGUACAUGUCAAAUACAUGGAUAGGCAUAUUCACAAUUUUAAAUACAAAUGAAGUCCUAGUCCUGCAACUUUUGCUGAAGCUGAUGUAAUCCCAAUGCAAGUAGUCACAUGACUAAAGAUUGCAGAAUAGGGCCCAUAACAUAAUUAUUUUUGAUGGUAGCGCUUUUGCUUUUAAGUUUUGUCCCAUAUCCUGAUUCCAUUGAGGCAGAUAGGAAUUUUUCUAGUGACUUCAGUGGGAACAGGAUUGGACCAAUUUCUGAAUACCGUCCUUAUGUGCAGUUGGGUACUACAAUGUCAAAAAGUUAUAUUUGAAUUUGGAGACCGUAAUCUGCGGUUAUAGUUGUACUGCAUACUCUCAAUUCAUUAAUGGAUAUAGCUAUUUUACAUUAUUGAUACUAUCCAAGGUAGUCUCUUGUGUUGACCCAUUGUCCUUUUGCUUUCAUCUGGAGUCAUUAAAAUUUUAUUGUAUUGCUACAAAAAAUGAAAAGUAAGCAAGUAUGAUUAUCGGACAGUAUCAUAAGAUUUACUCAUUAGAUUUUUUUUGUUUGCUUAUAGAACCAAAACCUACAUCUGACUACUAUUUUUAUAAAGGUUAUUGAUUUCUCUUUACAUGGCAAAUGCUUGCAGUUCAUUAUUAUGUUAGUAGUCUAUUAGCACUAUUAAAUCCUAGUUUCUGCUGACUUUGUUUAUAAUAUAAAAUCUUGCAUAAUGAUGGCAGAAUUUGUGGAGUCACAGAAUAAAAGCAUCCAUGUUGGAGACAGGGCAUUCCUGGAAUCGGGUAUUUUGAAAUAUUAAAAACAGGCUUUUAGCCCAGCUGUUUUUAAAAAAACACACACACACACACACACACAAAUCUGUGGAAGCUCUAAAUGUUGGUGACAGCCCAUUAAAUGUCAUGGGAUUAAUAACUCUCACUAUAACAAAGUGCUUUUCAUGAAAAUCUUACCACACCUGAGAUCUGUGUACCACCUGUAUUUAUACAUAUACAGGAAAGUAGUAUUUUCAAAAUAUCAAGACCUAGCAAACUUUUAUCACUGGAUAAAAUGGGUUGCCAAGUUUGGUUGGACGUAUUCCUGGAGGUUUCAUCACAUGAUAUAAUGAGACCCCCAGGACAAUCCUGGAGGGUUGACAACCCUGCUGGAGUUCCAGUGUUUGUUAUCCUGAAGUUCCAUCUGUUGGCGUAACUUGAACACUUAACAAGUAAAAUUUUUGGUAAACUACAAAAAUUGUUAAAUUAAACAUAAUGUAGCUGAAAGGGUAUGUUUCUGAUAGAGUUCUACUUAAUGAAAUGGUGCAGCUUCUGGAAUAGAAUGAAAUAGCCAGCUGAAUGAAUAACGAAGGAGACAUCUUGGCCCUAAUGAAGUCAACGGGAGUUUUUGCCACUGAUAUCAGUGGGGCCAGGAUUUUACCCAGAAUCAACAAUUUGCGGUUCAAAUACCAUCUAGUUAAUGGGCAUAACAAAGGUCAUCAGUGCCCAGCUGAGGCAAACGUUUAGCCAUGGAGUCAAGUAACAUCGAAAGCAUUUUCUUAUCUUGUGCUAUGCAUCAUGUUUAGGGUAUCAUAGUUUCUUUAUGUAAGAGGAUGUGCCUGACUGAGUUCAUAAGAGGUUCUAAAUUAAAUUAGUGUUUUAAAAAAUGCUAAAAAAAGCCUCAGCAUCAAUAACAGCUGGUUUUCUAAGAAUGUCAAAGCAUCAGUUUGAAGCAUUGAGAACACUUUGAUGUAAACACAGCAUUUCAGUGAUUAAUACAAUUAAAUAGUUAUACCAAGCACUGUUUAAUAAUUUUAAAUAUAUGGUCAAAGCCUGGCAUGUUUUUUAAUUUGUUAGAAUCAAGACUUUUUUUUACAGUAAGUUUAUUUCUUACCUUUUCAGCCCUCCCUUGUCUGUUCUAUGACACACAUUCUUAUUCCUUUUUCCUGUUUGACAGGCUUCUUUCUGAUGGAAACUGGGAGUUUUAUCUAGAUGCCUAGAAAGAUGCCCCUUUAAACUUUUGCAAAUACAUCGGUUUUAAAAAUGUAUCAAACCUCUCCUACAUUACCUGUAUUUAAUAUUAAACUCAGAAAAUCAUGCAGCUCAUGCAUUUGGGUUGUUAAUUUAAGUACUGCCAAUUAAAUUGGCUUCUUAAUCACUGGGUGAAAUUCACCCAGUGGGUAGAGGAAUGUUUCAUGGCGUAAGUAUGUGAAUUUCAACCUGUGCGCCAUAUGGAUCACAAACAAGAUAACUUUAAAAUGGAUAGAUUUGUCCAAGAGAGGAAGAGAAGUGUAUAUCAGUUACUCUGAGACUUCUGACUUUGAAGCUUUCCACCCCCCAUAUAAUAUUUAUAAAGUACACAAACACACCAGAGCGUGGUGGGGGAAGAGUGUGUGUGAGAUUGGGAGGGCAGGAUGUUAAUAAUAUGUCAAUAUUCAAUAGUAUGCUAAAAAGUCUAGCAAGUAGAUUUUUUUUAAUUAAAUUAGAUAUGUUCGUACAUAUUGCAAAUAACAAGCUUUGCUUUAAUAUGAAAACAUUUAAUUAAUGCAAAAAAUGUCCCCCCAUUCUGAGUGUAAAUACAACAGGAUCUCUAUAACUGAUUGAUUAAAAUAUCAAGCAAUAUAUGCACUCAGUAUUUGGGGUCAACCUUAAACCUAUACAAACACUUCUCAAGUUACAUUCUUAAUACAUUCUGUUGGAGAGGAGCAGAGGGAGACAGGAACAGAAGCGGCCUGCAGGGGAAUGGGAGGGAUAGGAGAAGGAUCAGUGACCACUAGAUCACACUCUCUCUCAAACUUGGAAUUCGAACCCAGCAUUCCUGAGUGUUAGCAUUCUUCUAUCAUUAAACAGUUAUGUAACCCAUUGCAAAGUGUGUGUCUCAUUCCCCUCUAAUGCUGUAGUCCACAUAGAGGAUAACAGCCUACUACUGUUGUCAGUUACUCCAUUAGCCCAAGUGGUGAACGUCUGUGUGAUGGAUUUAAAAGUCCCAGCCCUGCUACUGAUGCAAGCUGGAGGGGUCAAUAAGGUUCCAAAAGAUGGAAUUUGUUGUUUAUUUUUUUAAAAAAAAAUUAGGCAAUUCCAUUUUUAAAAAGAUCUACGUUACAAGAAUGUUAAGAGUGAAAAGUCAAGUACUCAAAAGUUAAGAAAUGCCAGAAUUAAGGUGGCAUGUGUUAGUUGGUACUCUUGUGUGUUUACAUUUUGAAACAGUCUUUAAUUACAUGAUCAUAUACAUUUGUUUCAAUAGGACCCCUGCUUCAUUCAGUGCACAAGAUGGACGGUGAACAGGGAAUGAAUCAGGGUUUUGCAGUGAAGGAGAAUAUUGUCUGUAGGACCCAUGCCUCAUUUGUUGCAGAAGUUGGAAGAUGUGUAGUGAGUGAGGCAGAGGAUUUCAGAAAGAAAAAGGAUGGUCCUAUGGUUAAGGCAGCUGAAUGCUGCCCUGGAGAAUUGGUGUCUAUCCCUGCCUCUGCCAGAGAGUUUCUGUGCGAUUCUGUGUAAGUCACUUAUGCUAAACUUUUCACAGGUAGUCCUUAACUGUGUUCACCAUUCUCAGGGUGCCCACUGAGAGACACCUGGGGCCUGAUUUGUGGAAGUACUGAGCACAGUUGCAGCUGAGGUCAAUGGGACUUGUAUUCUGAACAUAUAAAGUACUAUAAAAUUUACAUCUUCUGAUACAUUAAUAAGCAUCUCAAGUUGGAUUUUAAAAAUUAAUAAACACCUGACAAUUUUGGCGUUAUUCUGUCUGUGUCUCAGUUAUCCUUUCGUAAAAUGGGAAAAAAUAUCUUCCUACCUCACCAAGGUGUUGUGAAGAUAAAUUCAUUAAUGUUUACAGAGCACUCAGAUACUACUGUGAUGAGUGCCAGGGAAAAUUCCAAGAGGAAUUUAUUAAUUCUGUAUUCAUUGCAGGGUUAGAAUGUAUGCAAUAAAUUAGGUGUGGAGUCAUACAUGGAAUGAUAAGUAUAAAAACAAUAGCUACCUCAUUUCCAGAGCAUGCUGUGAACUGAAUGAGGAAGAGCUUCUUUGGGGGGAAAAUAGUCUGAGAUUAUGAAUUAAAGACUGCAUUCUACUGACUGUGCACAAGAGGACUGAAUUAAGGUUGCUCAGGCUACCUUAGUUCUAGUAUUUCCUAGAUUUUGAGCACUUGACUGUUCAACAUUAAUGUUCUUUUAACUGCCAAUUUUUUUCUGAGCAAUACAAACCACAGCCAGCAAAUGGUGCUUUUUAACAGUGUAGAUCUCUUAACAUAACUUAAUAGGACAAAGAAAAGGCACUUCUCUAGCCUAAGAGUGUUCCCUGGCUGAAUUUCAAAGACCUGCUGCAAACAAUGGAGGUGUGAGAACCUCUCAAAAAAGGUUACGAGAAUCUCUUAUUAUGGAAGGUAUUAGGCAAGCUAAUUAUAUGGGUCCAUCUUCUUUUAUUAUAAUGCACAAAAAAGGCUGUAGUUUUCCUAACUGUUUUUCCUUCCUAUGCUUUUUAGAUAUGAAGUAUUGAAUUUACCAUGCUGUCUUACGGGUGUCUAAAUGUUUUCACUUAACCCCAUUUUUAACUAUUUGAAGCUCAUACAGAUUGUGCCAGCAUUUGUGAGCUCAAGCUACAUUGCCAUAUUAUCUGUAUGCUCUCCUCCUCAAAUAGUGAAAGUCUUGUGUGAACCAGGAGUAUUUCAUGUGAUGAAAAAAUUGAUUCCUGUAAAUCAGCCUUUCCAAAUCCCACUAAUGAAGGACAUGGCAAUGAUCUGACUGCAGAAAUAAUUAGGUUGGAUAAACUGUAUUUUCAAGACAUCACAGAAUUUCUCCAGCAUAUAAAAGAAGGGAGAGGGUAAAAUGUUCGUGUCAAUGCAAUUUCUAGGGAGAAUGUAAAGAUUUGUAUGAGGAUUUUUUUUUUUUAAAUAUUGACCUCCUCAUGUAUGCCAAAACCUUCUGGAUUAUUUAGACCGAGGAGUAAACUAUAUAUUAAUUUAGUAAUCUAAAGGGCAGAAAAGGUUCAUACUUGGGCAAGAUGGUGGCUGCAACUCUUGAGUUUUCAUGCAGGUUUGGAAGAAGCUAAUACUUCUGUUGAAAAGAUUAGCCUGUUGUUUUCUUGUCUCAGCUGGUUUUUGUUUUUUUUUUGUUUUUUUUUUUGACAGACUUGCUUGCUGGCUAGAAGCAGGUUGCUUGUAGCUGUUAAAUCUUAGAGGUCACAAGACGUUGAAUUAUCACCCUUUUGUGGCCUGGCCUGGGGAUGGAGAAAUCACAGGCUUUCUUGUCAGAAGUGGUGGCAUCACAUUGCCUGUAAUCUAGAAGCAACAAUUGCACAUUUUCCCCCUCAUUUUUGAAGAUGAUGGCCUGGCUUCUCCCCAUAUACCUACUCUUCAGAAAUUCAUUGGCAACUUGUAAUGGGGCACUUCCCCUCUCGUGUUACUUGCAUCAUCCAUUGGUUUUUGGUUAGAUCAAUUUUAUGAAGUGAAGAAUCUCCCCAUUUCAGUUAACUGAUGGCCUGAAAAUUCUGCAAGAUCAGUAGAGCUGCCAAUGUAUGGCCAAUCAAUCACUCGGCAGAGCCACAAACUCCUCCCUUGAAUCUGCACCAUUAAGGUCAUGGGAAGCUUUGCCAUUGAUUUCAGUGGGUAUAAGAGCCAAGCCCAUUCUGAGAUACAGACAGACUGAGUCCAUUCACAUCAGCUGUUCUUAGUCAUGAGAUCCACCAAGAUCCUUUUUUAGUACUAUCUUGCAAAAAUGUAUUUAAAAUUUUUCAAAAAUAACAAAGAAAAAUGCAAAGUUAGUAUAAAAGUUAAAACUGAAGCAUUCACUUCUGAGACCCCCAGCUUGCAUUCACCCAGAAACAAACUUUCAAACUUCUCUAGUCUCACAGCUGCUGGUCUUAAGAGAAAAAAGUUCCCAAGCAGACAACAUUAACUAAUUCAACUUUUUCAUGUUCUGCUAUAAUAAUCUAUAGAAACAGUAUAAAAAUAAACAUAAAAAUAAAGCAUAAAAAUAGUCAUCUAAAUAAAGCUUAAUAAAACUUAAUAAAAGCCUUGCUUUAAGACAAAGGGAAAAUGCUGGGGUCUUGGACCCUAAAUAUUCACAAUUUUAGGUUCAAUUUUUAUGUAAGUAUAUUAGGUCUGCACACUGUGUGGUCAUGGUCUAUCUUACUAUAGUUUCAUUUUGCAGCAUGUUUCGUGUGUAACCCAGAAUAGCCAGCAGUUGAUUGAAAAACGUGGUUGUGUGGGGGUGGUUAUGCCAAGCAGACCCACUCUUUGUAAAUACUUUUGGGGAAACACUGCCUUUAAUGACCUCUUUGGAGAUAGUCUUUUGUGUGCAGAGCUUCAUACAAUUUCAUCUCAAAUAACUUACAUCUAACAAUUUUCUCUGCCUGUUGUAGUUUGACUUGUGCAUUUUUGUUGUUGUUGUUGUUCCCUCGAGCAUACUCAUCUGUCUUUGAGUUGCUUGCAGUUAAGAAUGUGAUAUCUUGAUUGUCAGGAGCCUUAAAAGGGCAUCUAACAUUAAACCAACGUUUUUGAUAGGGGGAAAAAACUGUUUACUGAUCUGUCAGAAAAGAAUGAUUUUUCUUUAAGAAUAUUGUUGUAACUAAUUCAACAUUUUCAAAGUGACCAUACUACAGGCCGAUCUGAUUGAAAAUUGGAAGCAAUACACAUUGAACUCAUUGGAUGAAAUCCUGACUCUCACAUAAGUUGAUGGAGUUUUGACAUAGACUUCAGUGUGGCCAGGAUUUCACCCAUUAGCUUUCCAACUUUACAGUUGAGCCUCUGCUUCUUCCAAAAGACUGCUUUAGGCAACUCUUGCUGGGUCUCAAGUGACACACUGUGUUAUGCUGCUUGUUCAAAGAGUGUUUGAAGUGCCCAUCCAAUGAGGUGAUGACAUUUUUUUUAUUUGAACCAUGGGGGUGAUUUUUUGUGUUUUUUGUUUUGUUUUUAUUGGUGCUGGCUGUAAUUCAACCUCCCAGAAAAUCUAACUGUGUUGAAAAGUUGAUUGGAUUCUCCCCAGUCAAAUUUUCAUCCAGUGUGUGUAAAGCAAGGUAAUGUGAUAAUGUAAUGUAAGAAGGAAAAUUUUAUCUAAUUUCACUAUUUGAUACUGCCCUCAUCACCAUAAUAUUUGAGUGCCUUUCAGACAUGCAUUUAGGCAUGUGACUGCAUCUGUCACAUGAGGAUUGUUCAUAGAAUAUCAGGGUUGGAAGGGACCAUGGGAAAUCAUCUAGUCCAACCCCCUGCUCAAAGCAGGACCAACCCCAACUUUCUCUUAUCCUGUCCCCAACUGUAUGUGCAAUAUAAUGUUUUGUAUUUUUAAUGUACACACAGUAACCUGGAUAUUUCUAUCAGAGAAGGUAGGAUGAAGAAGUACACCUUACACUAGUAGUGGAGGUGGUGAAGUUUAUGAUACCUGCUGGGGAAUUUUAUUCCACAGCCUUGGAAUGGCCCCAAGAAAGCUCUUGAGAUGAGCUUCAUUCACCCAGACAGCUCCAUUGUGUCUGAGGAGUGGAAUGUCCUUCUGAAACUUUCACCAGUUCAAACAUUACAUAGAAGAUGUCUCAAUUACACUGAAAAGGUUUGCACACCACUAUUAGCUUCAGCAGUCAGCCUCUGCUAUAAGGUGACAUCUGAUUGUACAGCUCUUCUCUACUCUGUCUGCAGCAGCACUUGGAUUCCUUAGCUUGCCAAUCAUGUUCAAUGAGCUGUUCUCAUUUAUCUUCUAAUCUCCUAAUGCAUUACUUGUUAAAAAUGGGCUUCUCUUCAAGUUCCAGUGGACUAUUCACCUGUUUGCAGAUUAGACACAUCAGUUUAUUCGUUUUGUACAAAAAGUCACAGAUUUUCCAUUUUGGAAUUUAGUCAGAUGAAGUGGGAUUCACCUACUAAAAAUUAAGGCAUACAAAGGAACCUUGUUUCAAUGUAUACUUGUUAACAAAAUAGACCUGUUUAAAAUAAUUUGUUUUCAGUGCAUCAAAAAAAAGCUACAAUAAUAUAACAAAAUAUUUUUAAAUGAGGCCCUGACUACCCCCCCCCAAAAAGGGUGAAUUUGUUUUUAAAGGAAAUUCAUUGCAUUAAAGUAAAAUGACUGAGUAAUUGUGAGUGUAGCAAACUAAGACAUUUAACUAAAUUCUCUUCAAAUACGUGCCCAUAAAAAUGUUAACUUGGUGCAACAAUUUUAUCCAUUUAAAAAGUUUUCUCUUGUUUUGAAUCAUGUAGUUAGUACACGGACCAUAAUUAUAUAAAAAUGUUUUGACUGGCUAAACGAAAAUUCCUGAACUAUUCCAACAUGGAAAAGGAAACAUUAAAUUUUAGAAACACUUAAUAAAAUACAAAAAAAUUCCUUUGAAGGAGAUAAAGGAGAAACAAGAAAGAAAAGAAAAAAAAUAGCUUUUCAAAGGCACCAAUCUUCUUUGUUCCAAUCACCAUGCUGAUGGAAGUAGCUCAUUUCUAUAGCUGCUAACAGUUUGAUUUUUUUAUAUAUAUAUAAAAAUAAAGAAACGCAUAUUUCAUUUGAGUGGUUCAAUGUUCCAGUUAGGAAUUAGACUUUCUGUAAAUGCAUAAACCUGACUUAGAAAUAAACACUUUAAAGAGAAUUUACUGUUCCUUGAAAAUCAGUCCUUUGUAGUUGUCAUAAUACCAGUCUUCCUUUCUUGGGUAGGACCAGAGUGCAUUUUUGUUAGGACUAAAAAAAGUUAUUUAUGAGUGAACAAAGCAUUAGUGCUCUUUGUAUGCCUAAUGAAUUUUCCAAAGUCCUGGUUGAGGUUAGAACUUCAGUUUCACUUGCUCCAUUUGCUGGUCUUUGCAAUGCCUAAGACAGUGUUCUAAGACUUGUACCUCCAAAGUCCGCUAUUCUUGAGUCUUGCUAGGAAAAAUUGUCUGUUUGCAGAUUCACUUCUCACAAAUAACUUGGCAAUAUUUUGACCUGUUGUCUUCCAGUGAAAGGAGCUGGCUUUUGGAAUGUUUGUUCUUCAGAGGAACACCUGUGUUUCUCCCUUAAAAGUGUGCAUCUCAAGGUGUUGAUUUGUGACUGUCACUGGCUGUUGGGACACCUUUCUGUUGUGUUUGUCUCAGUGAUUUCAGUACUGUAGUGCUGCCUUUUGGGUAGGUUACCUGAUGAGUUUAUACAUUUUGUCUGUUCACUUGAUUCAGCACUUGUAGAGAAAUUGCUAGUGGAGUGUAAAUAUAGUCUAGGACUGACAUUAAUUUAUGGUCUUCAUUCUUAA